CGCCAUUACCGGUGGUCGUUUAAAUUGCCAGAAUUCGGGAAGUCGCGGAGUUCUGGGGAUGGUCGCUUGGGGUUUACGCCAUGUAGAGAAGGUCGUUGCGUUGCCGCCAUCUUCGGAAGGCUGAGAAGGCGACGCCAUGUUGGGUGGGUCGUUUGUGUCGCCGCCAUCUUGAGAAGGUCGCAUCGGUCUCGUGACGUCAUGCGAUUCCCGCUGUGACAUCACUGGCCCGUGACGUCACGGGGUAGGCUGGGCCCAGCCAAGCCCCGCCCGGGGGGGCCGGGCCGGUCCCGGUGGCGGCGGGCGGCGGCGGGGGCCAUGGCCAAGGCCUACGACCACCUCUUCAAACUGCUGCUGAUCGGGGACAGCGGCGUGGGGAAGACCUGCCUCGUCAUCCGCUUCGCCGAGAACGACUUCAGCAGCACCUACAUCUCCACCAUCGGGAUCGACUUCAAGAUCCGGACUGUGGACAUCGAUGGGAAGAAGAUCAAACUGCAGAUCUGGGACACGGCGGGGCAGGAGCGCUUCAAAACCAUCACCACAGCCUAUUACCGCGGAGCCGUGGGAAUCAUCCUGGUCUACGACAUCACGGACGAGAAAUCCUUCGAGAACAUCCAGAACUGGAUGAAGAGCAUCAAGGAGAACGCCUCGGCGGGGGUCGAGCGGCUCCUCCUCGGCAACAAGUGCGACAUGGAGGGGAGGAGGAAAGUGCGGCAGGAGGCGGCCGAGAAGUUGGCCAAGGAACACGGGAUUCGCUUCUUCGAGACCAGCGCCAAGUCCAGCAAGAACGUGGAGGAGGCGUUCCGGACGCUGGCCCGGGAUAUCCUGCACAAAUCCUUCCGGAAAGCCCCCCGGCAGCAGCAGCAGCAGCAGCACCAAGGCCCUGCUGGAGCCCGGACCCCCCAAAAAGGCUGGCGGGAGAUGUUUCCUGGGGUUGAACGCCACGCCUACUCGCUGAAACCGCGCCCCCACAGGCAAAGUCUCCGCUCCCAUUGGCUCCGCCCGCACCAAGCCCCGCCCUCCCCUUCCCGGCAGCCCCCGCGGUCCAAGAUGGCGGCGCCGGAGGCGCAUCGGGGCCGGGACGGGUUGUCCCGGUGA